AUCAUCAUUAAUACAUGAAACUGAAUUGAACCGAGCCAUAGCUGUUCUCCACCGAAUUUUCCUCAAACACGUUUUUCUUCCAAUACCGAACACACCCAAUAGGUUUGGUCCAAAGUCCAAAAUAAAAAAAUGAUUCCAAAGUUUUAAACACACUUCUCAGAUCUUCCCAAAUCUAUUAUUUGUCCUAGUAGUCAUUUUCCCAUUGCACCAACCCAUUACAUUUCACAUUACCAUCCCAGCCAACUCAAAAAAACUCCACAGAUUCCCGGCACCGCAAUAAAUGGGUACUUCCGACGUCAAUGGCAAGUCGUCGUCCUCCUCCUCCCUUGUCAAAGAUUUCCUCCGCAAAUGCGGCGGCGUUGCCGUGAUCGACGGCGGCUUUGCGACGGAGCUUGAACGUCAUGGAGCCGACCUUAAUGACCCUCUUUGGAGCGCUAAAUGUCUGUUCACUGAUCCUCACCUUGUCCGCGCUGUACACUUGGAUUACCUUGAAGCUGGUGCGGAUAUAAUACUUAGUUCAUCUUAUCAGGCAACCAUCCAAGGGUUUAAAGCCAAAGGAUAUUCUGUAGAAGAAAGUGAAUCAUUGCUCAAAAGGAGCGUCGAGAUUGCAUGUGAAGCACGGGAUGUCUACUAUAAUAGAUGUCGUGAAUCUUCGUCUGAUCAUAGCACCGAUGGAAAGAUUCUCAAGCAGCGUCCUAUCUUAGUUGCAGCAUCUGUUGGGAGUUACGGGGCAUAUUUAGCUGAUGGUUCUGAAUACAGUGGGGAAUAUGGGGAUGCAGUUGAUCUCAAGUUUCUAAAGGAUUUUCAUAGAAGAAGGGUUCAGCUUCUUGCGGACUCUGGUGCUGAUCUAAUAGCUUUUGAGACGGUGCCUAAUAAGCUGGAAGCUCAGGCUUUCGUUGAGCUACUUAAGGAAGAAGACAUAAAGACUCCUGCCUGGUUAGCCUUCAACUCUAAAGAUGGUGUUAAUGUGGUCAGUGGUGAUUCUUUAUUAGAAUGUGCUGCAAUUGGUGAAUCAUGUGAAAAAGUUUUAGCUGUUGGAAUCAAUUGUACCCCUCCUAGAUUCAUUCUGGAUCUUAUUCUAUCCAUCAAGCCGGUAACAACAAAACCAAUCCUUAUAUAUCCCAACAGUGGUGAGAGUUACGAUGGCAUUCGAAAGGAGUGGGUGAGUAAUACUGGGAUAACAGAUGAAGAUUUUGUCCCUUACGUUAAUAAAUGGUGUGAGGCAGGAGCAUCUCUGGUAGGAGGUUGCUGCAGAACUACUCCUAAUACCAUUAGAGCAAUACACCAGGCACUCUCCGGAAGGCGUACUGUCUAAUCUGGAGAACCAAUACAGGCAUCUAACUUAAAAAGAGAAAAGAUUUUGCCUAUGUUGAGAGAAUUGUUUCCCCAUCUAGUAAGCCUGGUUGGCCUACAUCUCAGAAGAGGUUUCUGCUUGACUGGAGUUCAGGGCAAGAGAAGGUCCACUGAUCAACCGAGGCUGUUUGUCGGUGGUGUAUCAUAUUUUGGUACGUUGGAGAACUUUCUAGUAUUAUGCCACAUUGUAGUUUAUGGUUGCUCAAUGAAUGUACUAUUCACCUAUUUUACUACCAACAAUGUAACCAUAGCUAUUUUACUAUUUAUUUAGACCUUCAAUUUUCCAAA